AUGUUUGAAUCGCUAGUCGCUAAUCUAAUCAAUAGAUUCCUCGGGUCAUAUAUUGAAAAUUUCGAUCCAAAGCAACUAAACAUUGGAAUAUGGAGUGGUGAUGUAAAACUUCGGAAUUUGAGAUUGAAAAAGGAAAGUCUUGAUGAGUUCAAGUUACCCAUCGAUGUUAAAUUUGGUCAUUUGGGUGAAUUAACCUUGCAGAUCCCUUGGUCCAAUUUGAAAUCUAAACCAGUGAGAAUCAUAAUUGAAGAUUUGUAUGUGUUGGCAUCGCCUAUAAUUUUGCAAGAUUACGACGAAGAAAGUGAAAAAAAGAGACAGCAAGCUUUGAAAGAGUCAAAAUUGAAGGAUCUUGAGGCGAUCCUUGAAGCCAAGGGAGAAGACUUGGGACGGGAUCUUGCUGACGAAACAUUUGCUGAAUCCCUUGUUAAGAAAAUUGUGGAUAAUCUUCAAGUUACGAUAAAGAAAAUACAUGUGAGAUACGAGGACCAAUCGGUUUUGACUGAAAAGCCGUAUACUUUGGGAUUGUCCUUGGAUGAGCUUUCUGCAGUCUCGACAGAUGAAAAUUGGAAACCUUCAUUCAUUGCAAUUACACAGGCUUUCACUAGGAAACUACUCACGUUGAAAAGCUUGUACUGCUACAUGGAGACCAGGGACCCUCAGUUGUAUUCCAAUCUUGACAAGGAAGGUCAAUUGAAGGAAUUUGAGUCGCAGCAUGAUUGCCAAGAGUACUUGAUGAAGCCCGUUAGCGGUAAUGGGAAACUCACCAUACACAAACUUGGGGCCACUGAGCAGCAUCCUCACUUGGAUACCAAGCUUUUUUUUGAAGAGUUUGGGUUGGAAUUGAAUGAGCAGCAGUAUGAAGAUAUCUUGUGGACGGCAUCGAAAUUUCGGUGGUACUCUAAGACAGCCAAGUUUCGUAAACUCAGACCAAAAGUGUCCGUUAAUGAGGACCCCAAAGCAUGGUUCAAGUACGCAGCCGAAUGUGUUUUGAACGAAAUUCACGAAAAGAAUUAUAGAUGGAGCUGGGAACAUUUUGCCAAGAGAAGAGACGAACGCAAAGCUUAUGUCAGGUUGUGGAAGUUAAAAUUGGAGAAAAAAUCUAAUGAAGAUGAUCAAAAACAACUUCAAGAUCUUGAACAAAUUCUUUCCUUGGAUGAUAUCAAGUUGUACCGUUCCCUUGCCAGAAGCGAGCUUAGAAAAGAAGGUAGUAAAGCAAAGCUUUACGACACUGAAACUGCACAAAAGAAUGAGCAGCAAAGUAAAGGAUGGUUCUCGGGCUGGUGGGGAGGAGGCGGAAAUAGCAGCACCAGCACCAGCACCAGCACCAGCACUAUACAGGGCGAUGAACAGCUGAAAACAAUGGAUGCAGACGGGGAGCAUAUCGAUCUUUCUCUUACAGAUGACCAAAGGAAAACUCUUUAUGAUGCAAUUGAUUAUGACGAAGAGGCGGAAAUUGCAACUGUUGACUUACCAGAUGAUUGCGUCAAGGUUCGCAUUUCAGCUGCUUUGAAUAAAGGUGGGUUGGUGGUGAAGCGAAAUGACUUGACAAACUUGGCUGACGUUGCAUUUGAAGGAUGCGAAGCGCAUUUUUUGCAGAGACCAAAUUCGUUUGUUGGUGGCUUUCAAGUAUUGGAGUUUAAAGUCGAGGAUGGAACGGGUUCUAGCAUUUAUAACCACAUUGUCAGUGUCAAACAAACCACGUCAGAUACAAAUGCAAAUACUAGUGGAUCUGGGUCCUCGACCACCCCAUUUUUCCAAAUCCAGUACGAGCAGAACCCUCUUGAUGGUUCAGCUGAUUCGAAACUAUUGGGUUCCUUAAAGUCAAUGACCAUUUUCUAUAAUGCAAAGUUUAUUGAGGAGUUGAUCAAAUUCUUUACCCCUCCAAAAAUUCACUUGGACACCGUUGGAGCUAUAAUGAAUGCAGCAGAAUCUACUGUUGAAGGGCUAACUUCUCAAACUAGAUUGGGACUCGAGUAUGCUCUCGAGGAACACAAGACAAUCAAUGUAAACUUGGAUUUGCAAACACCUUUAUUGAUUAUGCCUUUGGAUCCUUCGAGCUACAAGUCUCCCGUGGCAAUAUUAGACGCGGGCCAUAUUAACGUUGUUAGUGAUUUGGUUGAGAAAUCCAAGAUUAAGGAGUACAAAGAUAAGGAGAAGUACACUGAGGAGGAUUGGAAAAACUUGAACGAGUUGUUGUACGAUCAAUUCAAAUUUAGCUUGCAAGAUGCUCAGUUCUUUGUGGGCCAUACCAUAAAGUUGACUAUGGAGCAACUAUAUUCCCAAGAUAAGGCCAAGCCUGCGUUAAUGCUCGACAAUUUCGACGUUAAUUUCAAUCUUGGAUUGUCGAUCUUGCCGGAUGCACAAAAUUUGGCAAGGAUCAGAUUAAGCGGAAAUGUCCCUCAACUCCAAUUGGCAAUGAAUGACUUUCAAUACAAAACGGUUCUUGGCAUACUUGACGCAGCUAUCCCCAAUACCAACUUUGAGUCACUAGAUGAGUCAAGUGUUUUUGAAGCUUAUGGAAAUGAAUCUACUGGGAAUGAAAUUGAUAUUGAGGAUGAUGAUGAUGAUGAUGAUGAUGACUCAUUAGAGAAGGGCAAAAAACAGAACAAGAGUGUUCCCAAGCCUAGCAAUUCCGAGCAACAUCUUAUUGAGCUCAAAUUUAGCGUUGACUUUAUCAAGCUACACUUAUCAAGAUGCAUUGAUGGGCAUACUUUGGAAGCAGAGCCAUUAAUUGAGAUUGUGGGUAAUGCAUUGGAAUUGGACCUUUAUAAAACAGAGACCGAUCUACACUUGAAUUUGGGACUCUUGGACUUCAAUAUAUUGGAUCACAUUGAAAAGUCGGGAAAGGAGGAGUUCCAAAAGCUUCUUACUUCAAAUACAGACAAAAACUCGACGAAAAAAUUGAUGGAUGUUGAAUAUAACAGAAGGUUAAGAAUCGUGGAUUUCAAGAAUAAAAAAAUUGAAGUAUUUGAUCAAGACAUUGAUCUCCAUCUUGGUACUGUGAAAUUUGUCAUUACUCGAAAGUCACUCUUGAGUAUAUUGACAUUUUGCUUAAACACAUUUACUGAUCCUAAUCAAGACCCCACACCAGCAGAUGAAUUGAAUCAUAAUUCUGAAGAUGUGGAUGCUGCACCACAGAAAAUCAAUAUGAAUCUUGGUCUUGAGAGUGUGAUUAUGGUGCUUAAUGAGGAUGGUGUCAAGUUGGCAACGUUUCUGUUGAAUGCGGCAGAAAUUAAAUUAUUCCUUUUGCCAGAGGCAUUAGACAUGUCAGGUAGUUUGGGUGCAUUGUCGCUUCUAGAUGAGUUGGGACACGAAAAUGACACCUCACCACGUUACUUGAUACAAAUGGAUGAGAAUGAUUUAGCAAAAUUCAGCUACAAGACUUUUGAUUUGCAUGGCGAUAGACCUUCCGAGCUCAAGUUUAAUGUGAGUGCCCUCUCGAUCAAUUUUAUCGAGAGUUCGUUUGGUAGGAUUGUUAGAUAUGGUAAUCAAUUUGCGCAGAUGAAGGCCAUUUACGAUCGAACUCGGGAGGCUGCUAUAAACCAAGCUGCUCAGUUACCCAACAAGCUCAAAUUCGAUGUCUUGAUUCAAGGACCAAAAAUCACGUUUCCAGUUGAUGAAAGUGAAUCUGAUAGGGUUGUUGCCAAUUUAGGUGAAAUAUAUGCACACAAUGACUAUCAAGGUUUAUUAAAUGUGAUUUCGGUUGGUAUAAGAAACGUUCAACUAGUAUCCAACUUUCAGUUCAACCAAAUAGUGCAAGACUUGAAAAUUAUUGAUGAUUUGGAUGUCUCGUUUGAUGUCAAUUGGUCUGAAGAGUAUGUUAAAGACACUCCUACAUUUGAAAUUAGUGGGAAAAUGCCCGAGUUGGAUGUCCACUUGACCGAAUUACAAGUCAAACUGUUGACCAAGAUUUCGAACUCAGUUGCUGCUGCAUUCAAUAUAGAGGAUGAGUCGUCGGGAAUGGAUGACAUUGAAGAGGAGGCAGCUUAUGCAAAUGAGGUUUUGAAACACAAUACAAAAGUUAAACAGGGAGACGACAACGCGCCUGGUGGUAAGACGUUAGAGCCAUCUUCGUCGGCUGAAGACAUCCCAUCCGACCACAUGAUGGCAAAAAUUACAUUCGAGCUUCCUCGAAUUUCAAUGGCCCUUUAUAAUAAUACCGCGGACACAAACAACAUAAAACAAGCUCAGUUGUCUAGAUUUUCACUCAAUGAGGUCAAAGUGGACUUCAACUCGAAGCAAGAUACACUGUUUAAAUCGAACUUGGCUAUCAAGUCCUUUGUUGUUGAAGACACAAGACAACAUACAGAGAGCAAGUUUCCUGUUAUCAUACCAGCUGCUGAUGAUGUAGAGAAUCAAUUCCUGUUGCAGGUUACUUGUGAUGUAGUUGCCGAGAAAAAGAGCUUGGCGAUGAUUUUGACGGUGGAAAAGCCAAGAGCUAUAUUGGCUCUCGACUAUUUGUUUGAUUUGCAAGCGUUUGUUGAAUCAGCAAUUCCUCCAGCUGAGAAGGCACCUGUUGAAAAAGACCAACCCCGGAAAUCUGUGGUGCUGAUUCCAGAAGUGAGUGUUGCUUCUGCCCAAAACACUCAAGCACAUUUUGGAUUUUCCAUCAAUAUUGUCAAGCCAUCAAUUUUCCUUUUAGCUGAUGAUACCAAAGCUGAUACUGAAGCGAUUGCUUUUAAAGUUGAACAAAUUUCAAUCUCCAAGCAGAAUGUCGUGUCGUUGGCUACGAGCAAGAUUGGAAUGUACUUGACGAGAAUGGACAAUUAUAAAAACUCAAGGUACAGAAUAAUCGAUGAUUUUUCCAUCUCCUUUGCAUAUGAUGAUAGAAAAUCUUCCCCAGGAAAGUAUUUGGAUCAAAUUGAAGCUUCUCUUGAUCCUUUGGUGGUUAGAGUGUCUGUUAGGGAUGUCAGAUUGGGAUUGGCAAUAGUUCAACGAGUAAAUGAUUUGUAUGCCAAACAUCAAAACACGACAUCCACAACCAGCAAUGAGAAUCAACUGGUAUCGGAAAGCAUUGACGACGAUUCAUCUUCCACAGACAAUGACAAGCAAUUGGUGAAAACAGAACCCGAGCAACCUCUUGGAAAUGACGUUGUGAAGGGUGAAGAGUUGACUGCAAGUUUUGGCGGAUUGAGAUUUGUUUUGAUUGGGGAUGUGUCAGAUUUGCCUGUGCUAGAUAUGAACGUGAAUCCGUUUGAAGUAAGUGUGAAGAACUGGUCAACUGAUUUGAGUGCGGACUUGCGUUUGUCCACAUAUGUCAACAUUUUCAAUUAUUCAAAGUCUGCUUGGGAGCCAUUGAUUGAAUCUUGGCCUGUCGAAGUACAUGCUUCCAAGUCUCAGGGUCCAAAUUCAAAACUAUUUUUGGAAUGUGUUUCAAGACAAGUUGCACAAAUGACGCUCACAUCGAGAUCGGUGGCAUUAUUAUCCCAAGUGCAGUACCUUUUGAGCAGUGACGUGAAGUUGAAACCAAGGGGUGAAGACUAUCCAUUCUUGAUUGUCAAUGACACAGGUUUAGAUAUAACGGUUUGGACGAAUGGAAACAAAGCAGAUUCUGAGACCAAAAUCAAAUAUGGCGAAUCAAAACCAUGGGCAUUUGAAGAUUGGAGAAAAAUUCGUGAGAAUUUGGAUGUCAACACCGCAAACACGUUAGACAUUUCGUUUGAUAAUGGCGAGUACGAGACAAUAGAACAGAUAUCAGCUUCCAAAGAAGGGGAGGACUUGCAUGUGUUGUAUCCCGAGGUUGGAGGUGUUCACAAUAGGCUUUCUGUUUCGAUCAGUUUACGUGAAGAUAAUGUCAAGGUCAUUGCACUUAGAUCUACAAUUGUUAUUGAGAACGAUGCAGAGGUGCCAAUAAUUGUUGAAUGCUUUGAUGACGAGGAGCGGAAAGAAAUGGUGAUUGAACCAAAGAGUACACUAUCUGUGCCAAUUGGCCUUGCCUACAGUGGAAGCUUUAGAGUGAAGCCUCACUUGCACACAUCUUAUGAUUGGUCUGAGGGAGAGAUAUAUUGGAAAGAGGCGAUGAAGGGUGAGUCGUCCUUGAGAUGUCCAGCUACAACUAGGGGCGACACGUCAGUAUUCUACUUUCAAGCAAAGGCUGUUUUUGAUAAAAAUGAGCCUUUGGCGCAAGUAUACCCUCACAUGAAAUUCGUGAUCUCAGCGCCACUUGAGCUUGAAAAUUUGUUACCUUAUGAUUUUGAUUAUCGCUUGUAUGAUAAAAAUUCAAGACGUGAUUGGACGGGAAGUGUUAAGAAGGGUGUAAAGAGCUACAUUCACGUGGCAAGUUUGAAGAAUUUGUUACUCCUCAGUGUUCAACCUCGCAAUUGCAACUAUGGUAAGUCGGAAUUUGCUGUUAUCAACAAAGGUAUGCGCAGCGAUUUCCAGCGCGAAAACACUUUGAGACUCAAGGGUGAUAACACACUAAAAUUGAACAUAUAUUACCCACGAAAACAGGCAGAUAGCACAAGUUUGAAAGUGGUGAUUUACAGUCCAUAUGUGAUUUUGAACAGGUCCAAUUUGGACAUUGUUGCUAGUGAACGCGAUAAUCAAUUUGUUUCAAUGGCAAAGACUGUUGACUCUGAGCAAAUCUACCCUACAAUGUUCUCCUUCUUCAAACUCGAUGAGCGAAAGAAUAGGGCCACAAUCAAAGCGGAAGAAACGGUUUGGUCAAGACCCUUGAGUUUUGAUGCCAUUGGACAAGCCAGCGAGUUGAGACUACAACUUUUGGGCAAACAAAAGGAAGUAAACUUGGGAGUAACAAUUCUGGAAGGUGAAGGAAUUUACAAUUUAACCAAGACAAUCACAAUCGCCCCGAGAUAUGUUGUAAUCAACAAACUUCAAGAAAGUGUUUGUUUAGCAGAAGAAGGGUCAAUCAAAGAGAUAGAUGCAAGGCCGAAUGCCUUGCUCCCACUCUAUGGCUUGCGGUGUGUGGAUAAAAAGAAUUUGAUUAUGAAAUUGGGACAAGCUGCCAGGUGGUCGCAGCCAUUUUCCAUUGAUAGUGUUGGCCAGUUGUAUAUCAAAGUACAGAAAAGUAAUGUGGGGCAGGUGUUGGUCAAAGUGACUAUGCUUCUCGAAGAUGCAACAAUGUUUGUUCACAUUGAAGAUGCCGACAACGAAUGGCCAUACUCAAUCAAGAAUUACACCGAUGAGGAGUUUUACAUUUAUCAGAUCAAUCCUAAUAUCAAUGCCGAUGGUGAAAUUGUGAAAAGAGACACUGUUUACAAACCCAUUUACUAUCGUGUUCCCCCCAAAAGUGUGAUGCCAUAUGCAUAUGACUAUCCUAAUGGUAUUGUUAAGGAAAUAAUUGUGAGAGCACAUGGCCGUGAAAGAGGUGUCAAUUUAGCAGAGAUUGGUAACCUUCGCCCGUUUAGAUUGCCUUCGACCGACUCGCAGUCACAGCAAAUUGUUGACCUUAAUGUUGUUGCCGAUGGCCCCACCCAAUGCUUGGUGAUCACUGAUUACGAUCCAUCACAAAGCAUGUACAAGAUAAACACUGAGUCUCAGUCUACUUCAUCAUUGCCGUCUAACCAAGACCAGUUUGUUGAGGCGGACGUGGAAGACAAUUAUCAUACCAAGGUGGUGACGAAUUUCGAUGGUCUUGGAAUUUCGUUGAUCAACACUAAUGACAAAGAACUUUGUUACAUCACCUUGAGAGGGAUAGAAUUCCGGUACAAUGAGUCAAACUUGUACCAAAAUUUUAGUGCCAAACUUAAGUGGGUGCAGAUUGACAAUCAACUUUAUGGCGGAAUUUUCCCAAUCAUACUUUAUCCAUCUGUUAUACCAAAGACCGGAAGGGAGUUGAAUGAGCAUCCUGCACUCUCAGCAUCAGUUUGUCAAGUUAAAGAUGACUCACACGGGGUGGUAUUCAUAAAAUAUGCAACUACGCUUAUGCAAGAAUUGAACUUCGAAAUUGAUGAAGAUUUCUUGUAUGCAAUGCUUGACUUUAUUAAAUUCCCAGGAGCUUCAUGGAAUAAGGAGCUGGUGAAUAAACUUUGUGAUGAGAAUCUAGAUAUCCCAGAGCCACUGAAGCUUAGUAAUAGUAGUGACAUCUAUUUUGAGGCAUUGCACUUGCAACCCAUCCUGGCCAACAUAUCAUUUGUUAGGACAGAUAGAUUGAAUGCCGAAGACAAGACCAACAGUCAAAACACUGUUAUGUUUUUCUUAAACAUAUUAACAAUGGCAAUUGGAAAUAUCAACGAUGCACCAAUCAAGUUGAAUGCGUUGUUCAUUGAAAACAUUAGAGCACCAACGCCUAUUUUGCUAGAAUCGAUCAAGACCCAUUAUAGUCAAGCGUUUUUCUACCAGCUUUACAACAUUGUGGGAUCUGCUGACUUUUUAGGUAAUCCAGUUGGGUUGUUCAACCUCCUUUCGUCAGGUGUGAUGGAUAUUUUCUAUGAGCCUUAUCAAGGCUACGUUUUGACUGAUAACCCUCACGAGCUCGGUAUAGGUUUGGCCAAAGGUGGUCUUAGUUUUAUGAAGAAGUCGGUGUUUGGAUUUUCUGAUUCGAUUGCCAAAGUCACAGGAUCCAUUGCUAAAGGUUUGACAGUGGCAACUAUGGAUUCCAAGUUUCAAGAACGUCGUCGCUUGCAAACACGUAGAAACAGAGCUAAUCAUGCUGUUUACGGUAUCACUACCGGUGCAAACUCAUUCAUUGAGGCCCUUUCUUCUGGAAUUGGCGGUAUUGCCGCUGCGCCAAUUGAAGGUGCAGAUGAAGAUGGAGCAGCUGGGUUCUUUAAGGGAGUUGGUAAAGGGAUUAUUGGGUUGCCCACGAAAACAGCAAUUGGGUUCUUUGAUUUUGCUUCCAACGUGAGCGAGGGUAUUAGAAACACCACCACUGUGUUGGAUGGUGAGAAACUCGAAAGAAUCAGGUUACCAAGAUACAUCAACCCCGACGAAGUGAUUAAACCAUACAAUGAACGAGAAGCUCAAGGUCAAUUUUGGAUGUACAAUAUCGACGGCGGUAUCUAUUGGAACCACACUUAUUUGGCCCAUUUGUUGCUUCCUGGAGAUGAAAUGGCAGUAUUGGUGACAUUGAAGGAUAUCAUUUUGUUUGAUGUCAAAACGCUUCGUUCGAAAUGGGUUGUCAGGUUUGAUCAAGUCAAGGCUAUAUCCGUAGAAUCAACAGGAUUGACCAUUGAAUUGAAGAAUAGAAAAGGUCCGUUUAUUCCAAUACCUGAUCGAAAGAAUAGAACUUAUUUGUAUCAAAAGAUUGGAGUUGCAGUGAAGGAAUAUAACAAAUUUUGCCGAGUUACCUUAUAA